CUUCUCAAAAUCCCCAACCGGAAGAGAAUUGAGGCCAAAGAUCCAAAAAUCAGGGAAAGAUGCGACGAAGACCAGGAAUCGGAGGGUUACAGAAGGCUGCAGCUGCUAGGGAUCAAUACCGUUUACUAGGAGAAAAUGUGGCCAAGUUACGCACUGAUAUGAUGAAAGAACAGCUCGCCACUUUCAGGUCACAGCUUGAAGAGUUUGCUCGUAAACACAAGAAUGACAUCCGUAAGAAUCCCGCCUUCAGGGCUCAGUUCCAUGAAAUGUGUGCUAAAAUUGGUGUGGAUCCUCUAGCUUCAAACAAGGGUUUCUGGGCUGAGCUACUGGGAAUUGGUGAUUUCUACUAUGAACUUGGAGUUCAGAUUAUUGAAGUUUGUAUGCUUACAAGGUCACACAAUGGAGGUUUGAUCAGCUUGCAAGAGCUCUGCAACCAUCUUCGUCAAAGAAGGAAGAAAGACCGUGAAGCUGUGACUGAAGAUGACUGUCUUCGGGCUAUUAGCAAGUUAAAGGUAUUGGGUAGCGGAUUUGAGGUUAUCACAAUUGGCAAGAAAAAGCUGGUCCGUUCAGUUCCUACAGAGCUUAACAAAGACCAUAACCAGAUCUUGGAAUUGGCUCAGGGCCAAGGUUUCGUGACUGUGGAAGAGGUACAAAGACGCCUCUCUUGGACAUCUGGUCGGGUUACAGAUGCUCUCGAGACUUUGUUAGAAGAGGGACUCGCAAUGAUCGACAAUGGCCAUAAAGACGGAAAGUGUCGAUACUGGUUCCCCUGUGUUUCUUCUGUUUACUCAUCCAUUGGAUCUGAUCCUUAACCUGGUAUAUGCUCUUUUUGUUUUUGUUAUAUGAAAUACAGUCACUUAUAACAUAUAAAUUACGAACAAAUCUUAUCAGUAUAUUCUUUAAAUUUCCUUGUA